GGAUUCAUGACCUUACUGUACAAAAUGAGAAAGCUAAAAACAAUAUUGAAGAAAAAGAAGAAACAAUUGAUACUUUAAGAAAUAAAAUUGAUAAAAUGAUAAAAGAAGAAGAAGAAAUGGAAAAUAAAAUUGAAAAUACUAAUAUACAAUUAAAAUAUCAGUUGAAUUCAUUAUAUGCCAUAUAUAAAGAUAUAGCACAAAUUAUUGUUGAUGAUGCUUAUCAUCAAAAUUGGAUUGAUCAUUUACAAGAACAUUUAGAAAAUAGAGGACAAUUUAUUUUCAAAAAUUUGUUGGAGGGCAAAACAACUUCUGCAGUCAAACAUUAUUCUCAAGUUGAAGUUUCUGAUAUACCCAUUUUUGCAGAAUCUGUUUUAACUGCAGUUAGAAUUGCUCUUAGUCACUACCACUUGGAAGAAGAAGAAAGCCAAGCAAAGAUAACUACUUAUGAGGACCAGUACAGGAAACAGAAGAAAUUGGCAGAAGAUAUUGAAGAUGAAUGCCAGAGGCUUAAAAAAUUAAACCUGCAUCUUUCUACACAAUUACAGACAAUUAAUAAACAUAUGGAAAGUGCCAAAGAAAAUGGAAAGGAUACAGAGAAAGCAAAUGCAGAAAAAGUUUGGUUGGAACAAAUGCAGAAAACAUUAAAUGAACAAAUUGAUGCAUUAAAUUUGGAAAAUGAUAGGUUACAUCAAAUGGUCAGAGAUCUGCAACAGAAAAUUGUAAAGUUAGAAAGUGAAAAGGAAGAUUUAAAAAUAAAAGAAAGUAAUUCAUAUCAAGACUUAGAAAAAAGCACACGUCAAUUGACAAUGUUGGAAGAACAACAAAGUUCACUGAAAGAAGGAAAUGGCAUUCUUCAAGAAAAAGUUCAUCAUUUGAUAUUAGAAAAAGAAAUAAUAGAACAAGAAAAAAUUGAUAUUAAUAACAGUUUGGUGAAAGCUAAUCAUCAAAAAUUAGUUUAUGAAAUGGAUAUUUCAAGAAUGAAAUCAGAGAUUACUUCAUUGAAAGAAUCUAUUGAUAACUUACAAAAAGUAAAUGAAAAUUAUGCUGAUGAAAAAUUUGAAUUGACAAAAACACUCAGGAAAAUAGAAGAAACAAAUAAAAAUUUGUUUCGAGAUAAGUCAGAACUUAGUCAAGAUUUACAACAAUUACGUAAAGAGUUACAUCAAAUUAAUCAGAAACAUCAAUUACUAGAAAAUGAACAUAUAAUUUCAACAGAAAAAUUAGAAUCUGCAACAUUUACACUUGAACAACUCAAAAAUGAAAUAGAUAAAAUAAAUCAAGAAAAAGAUGAUCUUCAAAAUCAACUAUCAAAAGUAACUGAAGAAAAAAUGAUGAUUACUGAAGAAACAAGUGAAAUUAAGAUGCAGCUACAACAACAAAAAGAAUCUUACGAGAGGCAAACAAAUGAAAAAGAAGAACUUGUUCGUAAUCAUUCUGAAUUGUUAAUGAAGUUAAAAGCAAUAGAAAAUGAACUUAAAGAAGUUAAAGAUUCAGAAUCUCUUUUACAAGAAGAAAAGGAACAAUUAGAAGUAUUAUUGUAUACAACCCAGCAAACAGCAACUCAUCUCCAGCAGGAAAAAGAACAGUUAGACAGAGAAAUAGAAGAUUACAAAAUGGAAAAAAAUAAUUUAAAAGUUCAAAUAAAAAAUAUAAAAACGUUAAGAGAAUCAGAUUUAGAAUCAUUUGCUCGUCAAAAAGAUAAUUUAGUUCAAAAGCUUCAAUCAUUAGAUACAGAAUAUCAGAGAGCAUUACAAGAAGAACGUCAUUCUCAUAAACUAGAUAUUGAUUUGCUCUCACAAGAAAAAGAAUCCCAAAGAAACAGAUUAGAAUCAGCACAUGAAGAACUUAAAAAGCAAUUGCAACAAGAACAUGAAGAAUUAAUAAAUACACAUCAAGAAGAAAUAGCACAACUUAAGAAGAAAAUAGUGUUACUUGAACAAGAUUUCGAAGGAAAAUUAUUGCAGAUUUUAGCACAGAAAAAGCAGGUUGAAACUGAAAUAUCUAAGGAGAAAAAUGCAUUAUUACAAAAUAUAAAACAGCUUAAACUUAAAAUUCAUGAAUCACAAGAGAAAUAUGACAAAUUAAAAAAAGAAACGGAAUCUAUAUUUGAAGAGCAACAAUUGACAAUAGAAGAUUGUAAUCUGAAUCUUAGUAAAGUGAAAAAUGAGUUAGGAUAUGAGAUGGAUAUGUUGAGUAAAAAGAUGAGAGAUUUGGAAAUUCAAUUAGCAGAUGUUCAGAAUCAGAGAGAUACAGCCUUUGAUAAUGUUACUAAAUUAAAAAUCCAAUUAAAGGCUUUAGAUGAAACAAAAAACAUGUUAUCCCAAGAAUUGAAUGAAGUAUAUCAAACACUUAAAGAAGUGGGAAUACAGAAGGACAGGAUAUAUAGAGAAGUUACUGAUUUAAGAAAAAGUAUUAAUUUUGAAAAAGCUGAGAAAGAAACAUUGAAAAACAAUACUGAAGAAUUAAGAAAUAAAUUAAAAAAUAUAGAAUUACAGAAGGUUCAAUAUAUUCGUAUGUCAGAAGAAUUGAAACAGAAAUGUGAAAUUUUGGAAGAAAGUAAAUUAUCAAUAAGUAGAGAGUAUGAAGUAUUGCAAAAUACAGUGCAUAAUACAGAAAAGUUGAAGAUGGAGUAUGAAAGACAAAUACAAUCUUUACAACAUGAAGUUAUGAAUCUUGAAAUCUCAUUAAAGGAAAGAUAUGAUGAAUUAGAAGAAAUAAAACUUCAACAAAAAACAGAUGAACAACAGACUAUCGAUCAACAACAAGAAAUUAUAAGUUUGAAAAAAAAGAUAAUGGAAUCGGAGGCAAGUCGUGAGGCUUUAAAUAAAGAAUUAUCAAAUGUGCAGCAAAAACUGAGAGACUGUCAACAUUCAUUAAAAAUUCAGCAAGAAAAUCAUAAAGCAUCAUUGCAGUCAAGUCUUAAUAUGGAAUAUACCUUAAAAGGACAAAAAUCUAGUUUAGAAAAAUUAGUAACAGAAGCUGGAAAUGAAUUAGCACAAUUACGUUUAAAAUUAAAUAUGACAGAAGGAAAAAUAAUUGCUCAAGAUACACAAUUAAGAAAGUUAGAAGGAUCAAAAAAAGACACAGAAAUUAAGCUGAAUAAUUUAUAUUCAGUAAUACGUUCAACUCUUGGUCUUGGUUUGGAAGGAAGUUUUAUAUUUUCUCAUUUAUCUGGAAGUCCUCGACAUACUUCUCCUGAAAAAGAUGAAAUUUCACAAAAGCAACUUACUUCAUCUAAAGAACAUAUUUCAAAAUUAUUCUCUCCUCUGCAUAAUACUUGGAGUUCUGCAGAUAAUGAUAAUGAAUUAAUAAAAUGUGCUUUACAGGAUAUUUUACAAAAAUUGCAAGAUUCAGAAAAAGAAAAAGAAAACUGGAGAUCUCAGACUUCUCAUCAACAACAUCAAUUAGAUGAAGUGAAAUCAGAGUAUAAUAGCACAUUAUGUCAAUUACAGCAAUAUCAAAAAAUAGUAAAUGAAUUAGAAAAUGAAAAAAAACACGCAGAAAAUCAGUUUUUAUCUGCCCAGAGUACUAUUCAACAAAAUGAAGAAACAAUUCAAAAACUAUUAAGAGAACAGAAAAACUUAACAGAAAAAAUCUUUUCAAUUGAGCAUAAUAUUGAACGUCUUCAUAAUGAAAAAAUACAGUUACAGGAAAAAGUUUCUCAUUUAAAACAAUCCCUGAAAAAAUGUAAUCAAGAAAAGCAAAUGGAAACAGAAGCAAAAGAACUUGCUGAGAGUAAAACCAAUCAGUUAGAACUCAGUUUGCAAUUAUUAGAAAAUCAAAAGCAAAAACAAGAGAAGAAUUUGAAAGAUAAAGAAAUUGAAAAUGCAGCUCUUCAUCAGCAAGUUAAUGGUUUAAUUGAAAAAUUGCAAAAUCUUCAAGAGAAAAAUGCAUCAUUACAACUUACCAUAGAGAAAUUAAAUUUAGCAUUACAAAAGUCAUCAGAAAAUGAAAAAGAAUUAAAAGCAAAGAUAACUGAUCUAAAUUCUUCUUUGAAUAAGAGCCAAAGUACAAAGCACUCUCUUCAAGAUCAACUUCUUCAUUUACAGCAUAAUAUGACAGAAUAUGAACAACAGAAAAUAACUUUAGAACAGACUGUCGACAGGAAUCGGCAAAAGUUAUUAGAUUUAAAACAACAAAAUAGAAGUAUGUCAACAAAAAUUGAACAAUUACAAAAUGAAAUUGAAAGUUACAAAAUACAGGAAUCAGAAUUUCAAACUCAAUUAAAUAAAUAUUAUAAGUUAUUGAAUCAACGUGAUACAAACACAGAAAAUUCAUAUCAGGUUAAGAAAUUGCAACAAGAAAACCAAAACCUGAAAGAACAAGUUGCAAAACUACAGCACACAUUUUUUGAGGUUGAAGAUGAAAAAAAUAAAUUAGAGAAAUUACAGUUACGUUUGGAAAAAUCUUUAGAAAAGAUUGAGAAGGAUCGAAUGAAAUCUGAAGAAACAUUGAAUAGAUCUUUUUUGGAAAAAUCAUCAUUAAAUCGGUCAUUGUCUGCUUUAGAAAUGGAAAACAAAGAGCUUCAAAGGAAAGUCCAGAGUUUACAAGUUGAACUUGCCGAAGUACGGCAGCAACAUUCUCAACAAUUAGUUGAUUUAUCUCGAAGCCAAAGACAAGACAUUAGAAAUGAGAUGGAAAGACUUCAGAUAGCUCAGGUACAAGCAGAGCAAUUGUUAGAAGCACGAGAAAAAACUCACAGACACCAGGUUACUGGUCUCGAACAACAGAUUUCAAUGCUGAAAGAGCAAUUGGCACAAGAACAUAAACGAUGGAAACACUUUCAUCAGAGCAGCCUCCAGACCGGUACCGAAAUUCAGCUUUUGCGUUCCGCCCUGGACCAAUCUCUACGAAGUAUUUCGCAAGACCCCUAUCUAUUGGAACCCGAAGCCACUAAACUAGACUCUACUUUAGAAUAUCAUUUAUCUCAAAGUCCAAGUAUAAUUUUAAACACUCCUUCAAAAUUGUCACGAUCUUCGUCACCGGUCCGUCAUCGUCUCAAACUCACAUCCAGUCCAAAACCAAUGUAAAUGUAAUAAGAGAAAAAUUAAGUAUCACUUUUUAUAUUUUUCUAAUAUUAAGAUGUAUAUAUACAUAAACAUCUUUUCACAGUAUUACAAAACAACUGACAAUCAGAUUUGUGAUAAUUUGUAUUUCAGUGCAAUUUUUAAUGUCUAUAUAUACAUAAAUAUAUUAAAAAAUAAGAAAACUAAAAUAUAUUAAAUGAAUUGAUGUUUGUUAUACAUAAUAAUUUUAUAUGUGUUUCACUACAUUCAAUAGUGUUUAGUUUAAACUAGUCACUGCCAAGAACAGUCAAAUUAUUGAACAAAUAUAAAUAACUUUUAUUAACAGGAAGAAAUGCUCUUCUUGUUGCGUUAUAUAUAUAUAUAAUAUAAUAUAAUUUUACUAUUAAAUAUGACAAAUUUUUGUUAUAAUGCUGGAAAAUUUGCUCCCGUUCGACGAACCGUGAUGCGAGCAGAUAAAGUACGAGACGAUUUUCAAUUUUCACAGUACGAGUACAAGUUUCAUUUUGAAAUAUUAUGUAUGUUAUUUUCUUAAACAAGAAAAUAUGUUGUUAAGUUAUUAUUAUAUCAUUUUAUUUAAUGUCAUUAGCGUUUUUUAAUACAUUAAA